AUGAACACAUACGGAGAAAAGUACGAGUCCCGGCAGAACGCAACGCGGGAUGGCGAUGCGCACGGUGUGCCAGCCAACGGCGGCAGUCGCAAGCGACCUCGUAGCGACGACGGAGAGGUAGACAUUGACGAUGGCGAGAUUAAAGACGACGGUGACAUUCUCGGUGAUGAAGAAGAAGAGGAUGACGAUGAGCAGGUUCCGUCCAAGGGCGAGGAAAAAACGGCAGCAAUGGAGCAACAACAAGGUCUGAUUCGUUUCGAAGUGGUGUACAAUGACAGCCAGGACGAGUCGAUGCGGCGGCUGACAGAGCUGAAAAAUAUCUUCCAGAAGCAAUUGCCCAAAAUGCCAAAGGAGUAUAUCGCCAGACUAGUAUAUGACAGAAACCACUCGAGCUUGGCUAUCGUCAAGGCGAACGGCCAUGUGGUUGGCGGCAUUACAUUCAGGCUUUUUGAGCAGAGGGAGUUUGCGGAGAUUGUUUUUUGUGCCGUGUCGUCAUCAGAGCAAGUGAAGGGAUACGGCUCGUUCCUCAUGAACAAUUUGAAGGAUUAUAUCUCGGCCAACACUCAGGCCAGUCACUUCUUAACUUAUGCCGACAACUACGCCAUUGGGUAUUUUCAAAAGCAGGGAUUUACCAAGGAGGUCACAUUCGAUAAGCGCUUGUGGAUGGGAUAUAUAAAGGACUAUGAGGGUGGCACACUGAUGCAGUGCUCGAUGGUUCCAAAGGUCGAGUACCUGAAGGUCAAGGAGAUUUUAGCCAAGCAGCGCGAGGCUGUGCUGGAGAAAAUACGAGCUAAGACUAGAUCACAGAUUGUCUAUCCUGGGUUGACAUGCUUCAAAGACAACCCUGAGAUUUCGGCAGUUGACCCGUUCAGCAUUCCUGGUGUUGCCGAGUCUGGUUGGACGCCUGAGAUGGAUGAAAUCAGUCGCAGGCUUGCCCGAAGCAAGCUAAAACAUGGCAGAUCAAUGUGCCUGGCCAUUCCAAAAGCCAGUGACCGCCAAGAAGUUCCCGACUACUACGUCGUGGUCAAAGAGCCGAUGGAUCUGAUGACUCUGGAGACUAAUACUGACGAAAACAAGUAUCCGACUCUUGAGUCAUUUAUCGACGACACGCGCAAGAUUUUUGCCAAUUGCAAAAAUUACAAUGGCGAGGGGACGCGUUAUUGGAGAUGCGCCACCAGCCUCGAAAAGUUCUUUGACGAUAAAAUUAAGGAAUGGAAGACCCGCUUGGCCAAAUGA